UAGCUAUGUCCUCUACUGCUUUGGGUCAUCAUUGCAGCUCCUAACACUUGAAAUCUCUGUUCCUUAAGAGUAUUCCUCUUGUACUUAAAAGCUUAAUUUCACUGGCUGAAGAGGACAUCUAGAAACGUGUUGCCAUGACAAAUUGAGCACUUAUUGAUUAGUAGACAUUCAAGUGGCAAAGCUGGAAGUUCCUACACAUUCUACUGUUGGUGUCAUAAUCUAAGCAUGUCAACCAGCUAAGAACUGCAAACACACCCUGAAUUUCCUUGCUGGAUAUGCCUCUCUGGCAAUACUACUAUCACUUCUUUAUGACUUUAUGCUGCAUAGCAGUGAAGAGAUCAAACACGGGCUCCAGUCAGCUGGCACUAAGAGAGGAGGUGUGGCAAGGAGAAGGCAUUUAAUAUGAAAGAUCCUGGCAUAAUCUACUAACAGGAGCCAAGAGAGGAGGGCUAUCAAGAAGCAAUGUGCCCGUACGCUCUUAACAGAACUUUCUUCACUUGCUGAACGUGUUACAUUUGUCACUCAGGUGCCUGGUAUUUCAUACAUUCCUUCGAAAAGAAAGAGAGCCAGAGAAGGUUUUCUAAUUAGGAUGACUGUAUACUGGGGGGUAUAUUGGUGUAAAUAAGAAGAAAAGAUUUGGUACUGACAGAAAAUGUUGGUGAAUGGGGAAAUUUGUAGGAAAGAAACAGGCUGCACAUUUCUCUGCCCUUAUCUGCAUGGGGUGAAACAGCAGUGACAUGACCUCUCUGGACAGCAGUCACAAGAAAGGAAGAUUAUGUUCCUUAAAUUAACUGUUUUUUGGCAAUUACUUUUUAACAUUGGUUUACUCAGUACCAGUGGAAUACAGCAAUGGGACUGUCAGCAAGGUUAUCCAGUGAGUAAUGAACAGAUGGCUUGCAAUGUUCCAGUACCGUUACUUAUCUUUACCCAAGGAAAUGACAUUUUUAGGAUUGACAGUGAUGGGACUAAUCACAAGAAAAUAGUAGCCAAUGCGGGUUCUUCAGUACUAUUACAUUUUGAUGAAGAAGAGGAAAGACUGUAUUGGUUUGAUUGGAACAGAAGUAUUCUCCACAGAAUGUAUUUUAAUGGGACAAGACGAGAGAGAAUGCGAGGUUUAGGAAGAGGAUCUCUAAGAUUCACUAUUGACUGGAGGCGCAAAUUAAUUUUCUGGGCUAACAAGCAAAAAGGAACCAUUGAAAGAACAGACAUGAAUGGAAAACAAUCAAGAAUACUUUUGAGGAAUUUACAUAACCCUGUUUUCAUUGUUGUGGAUUCAUUUGAAGGAUAUCUCUUCUGGACGUCUGACAGAGCUUUAUCUGUCAUUUACAAAGCAAACCAGGAAGGAAAUAAUCAGACAUCUGUUAUUGAAGUCAGAGGGAAAAUAAUGGGCCUUACACUGGACAUACUUUUAAAGAGGAUUUAUUGGAUCCUGUAUAAAAGUGAGAUUGGGGAUUCAAGCAUUGGCUCAUGCAGUUACAAUGGUGAUUCAGCUACUGUAGUCAAAUAUUUGGGACACUCUACAAGACCAAGAGUUUUGGGGCUUUCAAUUUUCUCUGAUCAUAUCUACUAUUCUGAAUGGAAUUCUUCCAUCCGAAGAAUAAAUAAAUAUACUGGGAAAGAUGUUGUCAAAAUCUCUUUAAAACCAUCUACAAUGCUGAUUUCUGACCUUAUAACAGUGCAACUAAGGGAUUUUAGAAAUUCUUCUACCUCCCCACACAGCUCUGGGUUAGAAGACUGCAGAAUGGCUAAUGAUCUCUGCACAAACACGUGCCAGAUGGAUGAAGAUAGCCAGAGGUGCAGGUGUAUGGAAGGUUUUGUACAGAGUCCUGAUGGGAAGCAAUGUGAAGAUAUUAAUGAAUGUGCUCACUGGAACCACGGAUGUACUCUUGGCUGUGAAAAUACCCCUGGUUCCUUCUACUGUACAUGCCCUAAAGGCUUUGUUCUUCUUCCUGACAAUAAAUCGUGUCAUCAUGAAACACCUUGCCCUAAGAACAAUAUGGGCUGUAGUUAUGGCUGUCUUCUCACAUUUCGAGGGCCCUUAUGUUACUGCCCAGAUGGAUCUGUACUUGCGGGUGAUGGAAAGACAUGUACAGGAUGUACCUCUCCAGAUAAUGGUGGAUGCAGCCAGAUAUGUACGGUACUGCGACCAGGUAGCUGGGAAUGUCACUGUUUUCCUGGAUACAACCUGCAAAUGGACAAAAAACGAUGUCUUGCCUCAGGUCCUCGACCAUUCUUGAUGUUUGCCAAUGUAUAUGACAUCAGACAAAUGAAUUUUGAUGGAACAGAUUAUGAAAGUCUACUAAAUUCACAAAUGGGAAGAGUUUUUGCAUUAGAUUAUGACCCGGUCGACAAUAGGAUUUUCUUUGCACAUACAGCACUAAAGUGGAUAGAAAGUGCUAACAUGGACGGCACUGGACGUAAAAAACUAAUUUCUGAAGGGUUAGAUGUGCCUGAGGGUAUUGCUGUCGAUGCGAUCCACAGAAAACUCUACUGGACAGAUAGAGGGCAAUCAUGCAUUGAAAGGAGCAAUCUAAAUGGAAAAAACAGGCAAAGAUUAGUUCAUGAAAACUUGCAACAGCCUAGAGGAAUUUGUAUCCACCCAAUGGCUAAGAAAUUAUUUUGGACUGAUAUAGGUGCCAAUCCCAAAAUAGAAAGUUCCAACCUAGAUGGAUCAGAGAGAACAGUAAUUGUCAGUACUGACUUGUUAUGGCCAAGUGGAAUUACCGUGGAGAGCUUCACUGAUAAGCUGUAUUGGUGUGACACUAAAAGAUCAGUCAUUGAAUCAUCACAUCUGGAUGGAUCAAACCGGCAGAUACUUUCCCAGAAUGAAGUAGGCCAUCCAUUUGACCUAGCAGUUUUUGAGGAUCACAUAUGGAUCACUGAUUGGGUUCAGCCAUCACUGAUAAGAAUGGACAAGAGGAACACACAAAAUAGGGUGCGUCUACAAGGCAGCAUGCAAAGGCCCUCAGCACUUGUGGUUGUACAUCCAUUGGCUAAGCCAGCCAUUUCACAUGACAUCUUCGAGCCUAGGAAAGAGAAAGAUGAGUUUAAUGGAACCACAAAUAAUGAAACAGUCCCACAUGAUUUAAUAUAUAGAAACAUCUAUGAAGUAGGGACGGAAGAAGAUAUACAAAACAGGAACAUACUGGUGGCCGAAAUCUUGGUAUCAGAUGAGAGUGGCUGCUCUGACAUUCAUUGCGAUCUCAAUGCACAUUGUGUCCCAUUAGAAGAUGGACCCAGAUGCCAAUGUUUGAAAGGCUUUACAGGGAAUGGCAAAACAUGCAAUGACAUCAAUGAGUGCUCACUUUACACUGCUGCUUGCAACCAGCAGCAAGCAGAAUGUCUGAAUGCAGAGGGGGGUUACUUCUGUAGAUGCAGAGAAGGAUAUAGAGGCAAUGGACUUCACUGUAUUGUAGAUAUUGAUGAGUGUAGGCUGGGGACACAUGACUGUGGAGAAAGUGCUGUUUGCGCGAAUACAGAGGGGAAUUACACCUGUACAUGUUCUAAUGGGCUUCCUGGAACAGCAGUCAACUGUAGUGAGACGGAGAUAAAUAACUCUACAGAAAAUGAGCGUGUUGGAGAAUGUCCCCCAUCGUACUAUGGAUUCUGUUUUAAUGAUGGGGUGUGCUACUACCUACGUGAUAUACAAGAAUAUGCCUGCAAUUGUGCACCAGGAUAUGUGGGGAACCGGUGCCAGCUUGCUGACUUGGAAUGGUGGGCACCACGUGUAAAACAAAUCAAGAUACGUAACAUUUCCAUUGUUGUUUGCUUGGUCAUACUCCUCCUAGUCAUGGGUCUUGUGUCCUUUGCAAUUUACUACUACAGACAUCAGAAAUCUAACAAGAAAAGGACCUUUAAAACAGAUACAUGUAUGGCCGCCACUGCCAGUCAUAUUAGCAACAAGGGAGAAACAGUGAAUAACAACCAGCAAGAGUAUCCAGUAACGCUCUGAAAAGCACAACCCUCAUUAUUUUGCUUUUUGCGUUGAAGAAGGAACUGUUCAGAUGGUUUUUAUGUGGAGAGUAAUUUGAAUAUACUAAGGGCUAUUUUUUCUUCACAUUUCCUCAAAGCAUUCAAUGCAAAAUACCAGCCCAAUGGACUUUGUACAGACCAAAUACAGGAAUGCUGCUGGCAUAUUCUUUUUCUUUCUCCCUCUAUGCCAUUGUGUAUUGAGAUGACGUUGAAAAAGUGUAUUUGCAUUUAUGUUUGAAUUGAGAAAUAAUACAUUGAAAGCAGUUCUCAGUUAUUAACAAAUUGGUUGCUGUUCAGUAAAACGUUACUUUUUUAUUGCUGUGGUUAAUGUUUGUAAGAACCAUAUACAGUAAUUGCCAAAUGCACUUGGAAAUGUUAUAACUACUAUGUAAAACUGAUGAGAAAUGAAAUAUUUUUGUAUAUAAUUACAGAUGGUCAUGAGCCAAUAAUCUCAUUAAAAUAUUGAAAUGCACUAUAUUUCCAUGGAAUUGCCAUAGCAGUCAAGGGUGUAAUACAGCACACAACAAAACCAGAACACAACUAUGUGUUUCUGUAAUCUUGCAAAUAAUCUAGAACUAGGAAUUAUAGGUCAAAAAAGCUUAUUCAGGUCAUCUCAUUUUCUAAUGUUUAACAUUCAUUUAUGUAUUAUAUGUAUUUAGGUAGCCAUUAUUGCAGAUUAUUAAUACUGGAAUGUUUGUAAAUUCACUUAUACAGUAAUGUGAAAUAGUGACUUUUUUAUUUCCAUUCCUGUGAAAAUAAAAAAAAAACAAAUAAAAAAGGACCUUUUCACAUUUAAAGCAGAGCUGCACAUCUCUGUAGUAAAAACUGCCAUUUUAGUUUUCUAACCUAGUGUAAAAUGUUAGUUUCUACAAACAAAAAUAAUCAUGCACAAAUUUUGCUAAAUUAUUAUAUAGAAUUUUGUGUUUAACUUUGCCAAAGUUUUUGCUUAUUCAUUUAGUACAAUACACUUGUCUUAUUUCAUGCUCACAAAAUAUGAGUUAGUUACUGAGCUUUAUGAAAACAAACAAACGGAAAGAAUAGUCCGGAAAGCAGUCUCAAUCCAUGUAGAUAAAAAGCGAUCCUUUAUUCAUUUUACAAUUAAAAUUAAUGAACACAGUUCAUAACAGGGAGCAAAUGGUUGACAGAUCUUACGCGUUUCGGCUGAUGCCGUAUUCAUAGACCUGGUGCUUUAGCAAGUCAUUAUUUUACAUCUUUUAAAAUUUACAUUUCAACUAAAAAUGCAAUAAAAGCUCAUGUUUAUCAAAUAUCUGGUUUGAUUUAAAUGGACAUGAAACCUUUGGAUUGUGUCUAUCAUGAACUUAAAAGAGCAUUUGUUUUUUAUUAAAUUUCUUGGGAAAAACAUGUUAGUGGGCAAAACUAAAUUUUAUGUACUGCAAGAAUUAAUAAAAUAAAAAUGAGAUAACAUUUUUACACAAAAAGAUUGCAAUGACUAUGUAUGACUUUUUUUUUUUUUAAAUCAGUGUUCAAAUUCUUGGGUAUCAUUAAAGUUCUACACAAUUAAUGACA